AUGAAGGAGAUGAUUGUGAUCCUUGCUUUCACGGCUCUCAUUGCAAGUGCUACCUCCAUGCAAAUUGGACCUUGCAGUUGUGGUGAGCAAGGUCACGAGCAACACCAACAACAGAAAAAUCAUCCACAACAACAACAACAGCAACAUCACCAACAACAGAAGGUUCAUUUGCAACAACAACCCCAACAAGAGCAUCAUGAGCAGUCAGAACAACAACAUCAUGACCAGCCGCAACAACAACAUCCCCAGCAAUAUCAAGAUAAAGUGCAGCAACAACCACCGCAGCAUCAAUACUAUCAGCAGCGCCAUAACCAGCCACUAUUGCAACAACAAUUGAACAAUUGUCAUGAAUUCUUAAGACAGCAAUGCAACCCGCUAGCAAUGCCUUUCCUCCAAUCACGUUUAUUACAACCGAGUAGCUGCCAAGUACUACGACAACAAUGUUGCCAGGAGCUUAGGCAGAUCAAGCCAGGGUACCUCCACCAAGCAAUCAAUAGCAUGGUUCGGUCAUUUACCUACCACCAACAGCAGCAAGAGGACAAACAACAAGCAUAUGGGUUCUAUGGGCCUCAGCAGGCUUCUCAAAGCGAGAUGGCCAUAUUGAUGGCAGCACAAUACCUACCAUCAAUGUGCGGCAUGUACCACUUGUAUGGCCAAAAUAAUCCAUGCCACAAGGAUGCUACCCGCUAUUAAGGCACUAUGGCUAGUAAGCCGUAAUAUUUUAUAGUGAAUAUUAAGAAAUAAAUUAUCAUGCAUCAAUGAUGCUUGAAUAAUGGUAUCUGAAUAUUGUGAUGAUACCAAACCAAUGUGUGUGAUGCCUACUAUAUUUUUAUGAAGGAUCAUGGGUGCUUUAUAUAUGGAAUUGUAAAGUUGGAUUUAAAGAAGAUAUGUUGGAUUUUGGGUCACAAAUUGUA